GGGGCGGCGUUUGGAUGGUGCCGGCCGGAGCGCGCGGGGGCGGAAGCGGCGGCGGCGGCGGCUGCGGCGGUGGUGGCGGCUGUCAGAGCUGGAGAGCGGCCGGCGGAGCAGUCAUGGAGGGUCAACGCUGGCUGCCGCUGGAGGCCAACCCUGAGGUCACCAACCAGUUUCUCAAGCAGUUAGGCCUGCAUCCUAACUGGCAGUUUGUUGAUGUGUACGGAAUGGAGCCUGAACUUCUUAGCAUGGUACCAAGACCAGUAUGCGCAGUGUUACUCCUCUUCCCUAUCACAGAAAAGUAUGAAGUCUUCAGAACAGAAGAGGAAGAAAAGAUAAAAUCUCAAGGACAAGAUGUGACAUCAUCAGUAUAUUUUAUGAAACAAACCAUCAGCAAUGCCUGUGGAACGAUUGGACUAAUCCAUGCCAUUGCGAACAACAAAGACAAGAUGCACUUCGAAUCAGGGUCAACAUUGAAAAAGUUCCUGGAGGAGUCUGUAUCAAUGAGCCCUGAAGAGAGAGCCAAAUUCCUGGAGAACUAUGACGCUAUUCGAGUUACUCAUGAAACCAGUGCACAUGAAGGUCAGACUGAGAUGAAGCAGCUGCCGCAAGGCGAGGCUCAGCCUCUGUCCCCAAGGCUUAGCCAGAACUUGAACUCGGGCACUCCCGCUGCGUGGUCCACCUCUAGUCCUGCCAGCCAAGUGCUGGGAUCACAGUCCUCCUCGCCAUCCUCACCACAGCCUCAUUCUAGCCACUGCAGAGCGAAGGCCUCAUCAUUGUGUCACCAUGCAUCCCUGCCCUGGGGCAAACGUAACCAUGUAGGCCCUGCAAAGGCUACCAGUCCAUCUCUCCGUCUUCGUCGCUGGCGACCCUUCUUACGCCUGCCAUCUUUGGGUCUCCAUUCUGUUGCACCAAGUAUAGAUGAAAAAGUAGAUCUUCAUUUUAUUGCGUUAGUACAUGUAGAUGGGCAUCUCUAUGAAUUAGAUGGACGGAAACCAUUUCCAAUUAACCAUGGGAAAACUAGUGAUGAGACGUUGUUAGAGGAUGCCAUAGAAGUUUGCAAGAAGUUCAUGGAACGCGACCCUGAUGAGUUAAGAUUUAAUGCAAUUGCUCUCUCAGCGGCAUAGCAUCUUGACAGAAACACCAAAUACUGUAUUAUUUGCAACAAAAGUUAAAUUUCUGAUGCCAUAACUAACUCAAAAUUUUUAAUAUUUUCAUUAACUUGACUAAUUAAACUUUAUGUGAAUAAACUUUGACUCUACCUGUA